AUUGUUUGUUUAUGAUUUUCUUUUCAAAAUCAUCAUUAAUUUUUUUUUAUUAAUCAUUUGCAUUUGCGUGAUGAUUUAGGGUCGUAAGCAUCUUGUACGGAGAUUGAAAUUCUCCUCUGAUAUUAAUCAAUCGUUGAUGAGUCAGUUUACAGCUCAAUUCCCGGGGUUAAUCGUUGAAUUUCUGUAGAAGUUUCCACCGGGAACAACUCCGAUUGCUAUUUCAGAUUUACCUCCGGCGAGGGUUUCUGAAAUAGGAGAGGAAGAAAAAAAUGGUGAAUCCGAUGGUUGAAAGAGCGACGAGCGAUAUGCUGAUCGGACCAGAUUGGGCGAUGAACAUCGAGAUCUGUGAUAUCUGCAAUCACGAUCCUGCACAAGCAAAAGACGUUGUAAGAGGUAUAAAGAAGCGCAUUCGAAGCAAAAGCUCAAAAGUCCAGAUUCUUGCCUUAACACUAUUAGAGACCAUUGUGAAGAACUGCAGUGAUAUUAUCCACAUGCACGUUGCCGAGAAAGAGUUACCCCACGAGAUGGUGAGAAUUGUGAAAAAGAAGCCGGAGUUUCGUGUGAAAGAGAAGAUAUUAAUUCUAAUAGAUACGUGGCAAGAAGCUUUUGGAGGACCAAGGGCAAGAUAUCCCCAAUAUUUUAUAGCUUACCAAGAAUUAUUGCGUCUUGGGGCAGUUUUCCCUCGGAGACCUGACACAUCAGCGCCUGUUUUCACACCUCCACAAACACAUCCUUUGACUUCUUAUCCAAGACAUCUUCGUACUCCCGAAUCUAGACCAGUUGACUCGUCUGGAGAAGAUGAAUUUCCAACUUUGAGCAUGACAGAAAUUGAAAAUGCGCGCGGUAUUAUGGAUGUCCUUGCAGAAAUGCUGAAUGCCUUAGAUCCUGAUAACAAAGAGGGAAUCAAGCAGGAGACAAUUGUUGAUCUGGUGGAACAGUGUCGUACAUUUAAACGUAACGUGGUACACCUCGUUAACUCAACUACGGAUGAAGCACUAUUAUCUCAAGGGCUAGCACUAAACGACGACUUGCAACGUGUACUGGCUAAACACGAAUCUAUUUCCUCUGGAUCUAAACUUGUCGAGGAUAUAAUAAAACCGGGAGCUGCUCCAUCCUUGGUCGAUAUUGACUCUCUUCUUAUCGACACCAUCGAUCAACAGUCAGAAGAAGGAUCUUCGUCGAGCAAUAGUGUAGGGACACAGUUAUUGCUCUUGGCUCCUCCAGCAACUAAUAACGGUCAAAUGACAACUCCAACAAAAGGUGAUUCCAAUAAUAUAGAUCUUUUGAGUGGAGACGGCUUCAAUUCACCGCUGGACUCACAGCCACCGAGCCCUAUUGCAUCACCGCAUAAUCCCUGGAACAGUCAGAUACCCCAGCAACAGCAGCCACCCUCGCCCGUUUACGGUGCCGUAAGUAGUAGCGGAAGCUCACUACCUCCUCCCCCAUGGGAAGCUCAACCAGACAACAGCGAGUCUGAGUCGGCCUAUACGCAUCAUCAAGAAUCGCAAGUAGGAGUACUAGUCGGUGGCUCUCAGCCAAUCACUGGCGGCCAUGUGGCGGCAACUAACAACCAGGUAACUAUGCAGACCAACCAAAUGAUGGGUUAUACAUAUCCUCAACAAAUGUAUGGCAACCCAUAUAACUAUGGUUAUGGCUAUGGUUAUAACAACCAAAGUGAACAGUACCAAAAUGGGCAGUUUCUUGAGCAAAAUAUGUCUGGAUUAUCUGUCGAUGGUAAUAGACAUUCUUCUUAUUCGGUUUCGGUGGGGCCCGGAAAGCCGUCGAAGCCCGAGGAUAAGCUAUUUGGUGACCUGGUUGAUAUCUCUAAAUUCAAACCAGCAAAAAACACAUCAGGGAGUAUAUGAUAUAUAUAUAUAUAUAUAUAUAUAUAUAUAUAUAUAUAUGAGAUGAUAAUUUCUUUGUUAAUAAAGUUUUUGCUUGUUAUUUUUUUGUAAAAAAAAAUGAAUAAAUAAUAGUAAUAAUUGGAGUUUGCCCCUAUUGAAAAAUAGUAUCUUGACUUUUUAAUUUAAUUAUAUAUAUAAAAAAAUAAUCAUAUCACACUUUAUUUUACAAUCUCAGUCCCUAAUCCCUAUUAAAUAAUUAGAAACAACAAAAAGAAUGAUGAUAAAUAAAUAAUUAUAAGAGAUUAAAGUUUUUACUAUUUAUGCAAUAUAAUUUUUAUUCUAUCCAAAAAUGUCAAUAUGUUCACACAUUUUUCCUUUAUUUUUAGCAACCCUGAACACUCACCUACCUACAUUAC